CGGCACGACAGGCUCUCAACAAUCACACACGCCUAGGCGGCUGCAGCAGCAGUAACGACACCUCACUCCUGCACAGGCGUCACGACACGAGUCGGCUCAACGCAUCGCAGUCACACCACACGGCUGGCCACUGGUGCGCCACCCGCCCGCGACCACGACCUGAUGUGCAUACCCGCGACGUGAUCAUCACUCGUCGCUGCAUUCGCGACGCUCGACGCUCGUCUGCUCGUCUGCUCGUCGCAACAGCGCCGCCGACGGCACGCACACUCUCGCACCCACCCACACACACCUACUCUCCCUCCCAUUUCGCACAGUCCGUCACCUCCCUUGGCUUCUCCCACUCGCAGCCGCUUGCCACUUAAGAGCCAACCAGCCAGACGCACCGCCUUGCCGUGUAGCGCCCACCUCGCUCGCCACUGCGUGACCUUGAACUCUGGAGACCGACGACGCUCAAAACCUGUAGACGACACGACUCGAACUCUCUCAACGACUCGACCUCCCCCCUACCUUCCCUCGCUGGCGGGACGGCCUUCCUCCCCUUCACGUCUCGACCAGCGACUCUCACCACCGACGCCACCCCGCACAAUGCCCAUCUUCACAAUGGAGCAGGUUGGGGCGCCCGAGCCAGCUCCUGGCCACCGUCGCCGAAGCAUACGGAGACGAAUCAUCUCGUCGCUCAAGAACGGCGUGAUGGUGGCCCAGGUAGUGGCCUGCGUCGUGCUUCUCAUCCUCGCGGCGACGCUCCCGUCGCCCACCCAGCCCCAUAGGAAGCAGAACCAACCCACCGCCGAUUGUCCCCAUCCCCAACUUUUCGAGGCAUGGAUAGGCGCCAACGCCGGCCUCGUUGCCUUGUCGCUCGCCGUCACCGCGUGGGCGGCGUACCGAAAGAACAAGGCUACGUCGAUGGCGGCGUCGGCGGCGCGUCCUGACGUCGAGCGUCCGGCAAACGACAGCAGCGCAUCGGCCGCAGCCCUCAGGCGGCGGCGCAGGCGGCGACGACGCGCCGAGCUUGAGCAGUCCCGGCCGAUCCCACUUGCCCGUGUCCGCUCACUGCCAGACAUGCACUCGAUGCCUUCGGCCCGCAUCGCGCCAAGGCCGCCAGGAUCGGCGUCAUCCCCUGCUCUCCACCUCUACCCAUGCUACCCAAGCGCAGCGAUGUCACCUGGCCCUUCGACCCCCGGGCCAUCGUCGUCACCGACACAAUCGGCUGAAGCAGGUCUCAGCACCGCAUCGCUCGCCCUGUCCCAACCUCAGCGCACAACCCUCGACCUGUCCAAGCCUCCAGAUGCACCCACAAAUAACCAGACUCAAGGCUUGGCCCUCGGCCUCCCAACAAUAACGUCCUUGCCCCCGGCGUUAAUGCGCCCAGCAGAAACCCCCGCAGUGGCCAACCUGUCCACCCCGACACUGCCUCGCGUGAGCGACAACAGCCCGUUGUCGUCAAGCACGACGUUUGGGCCGUACCCCGCCCCCUACGUCACCAAUGCUGAGCGUCGACAGCGUAGAAGACAGGGCUGGGUGUCGACAGUGGACGCGUUGGCGAGCAGGAUCGCGUCGUGGUCCGGAUUCUUCAUUGUCGUCCUGUUCAUCCUGGGCCAUGUUCUGUUGUUCCGCCCCGCUCCAUCGGCGCCAAACUCGUGCUACAGGGGAGCUCCACUACUCUGGUGGGGAGUGCUUGUACCCGUCGCCUACAGUUGGGCCAUCAUCGCCUACUUCACUCUCUUCUUCGCCCUGUUGUAUACUAUCGCCCUUGUCAUUACCCUCCUCAGAAUAACCGGCAUCAUGACAAUGCCAGAGUGGGACACUGGUCGGCAGCAACCCGAGCCUCUGUCCAACGUCGACCUGUUACGGUGCAAGCUCGUGUGCUACGUGCCCGACCCGAAGGAGGGGCCGCCGAGUCCAGAUCCCGACGACCCGGAUGACCCCGCUGCCGACCUGCCAGGCGAGCCUGUACCGAUUGGAGAGAUCGACUACUCUCGACUCCCCAACCCCGCUGUCGUGCUGCCGCCUCACCGAGCGUCGUGUGGUAUCUGCCAAGAGAACUUUACGAUGCCACGCGAGGUGACAGGCCGCAUCAUGUACGAUGCGCCGUCCCUGCGCCAGCUUCCCUGCGGCCACACUUUCCACUGCGACUGUAUUGACAGCUGGCUUCUGGAACACUCGGGAAGGUGUCCAUACUGCAACAAGUCCAUCAAGGAGAUGCUGGCCGAGCAGACGUCGGCGGCGGCGUCCACCACGGCCCUUGCCACAACGAACGAGGGUGCUGCUCCAGCUGCGACUGAGAACGCAGGCACGCCGCCUGCCGAGCCCCUACCCGCGAUGCCGUCGGCAUCUGCCCUGCAAGUAGACGUCGCCGGUGCAUCCACGGUCGCGGGGACAGAGUCGCCGGUCAUGCCUGGCAAGUUCCCAACGGCCUCGACUUAGUGUGCGCGCCACCGCCGCACCCACCAAACAUAAAUGUUGUACACUACUACAUUGGAGACUCGUCGUGUCACACUCCCCUCUGCAUGC